AUUGCAACGACAAAAAAAAUAAUAAUUAAAGAGGGAAUGGUGAAGAGGGUUCUUUAAUUAGCUUUGGUAUUUCGUUUGAUGCCAAUUAACUUCCUUCUGAAUGUGGAUCAAAGUAAAAUAAUGGAUUUUAGUACAAAAACACCAUACUGUAUCUUAUAAUAGAAGUGUCUGCAGCCUUGUUGUAGCGUUCAGGUGAUGGGGCUGACUCCUAAUGCGUCCCUGCAAGAAAAAAAAUCAAAUGCAAAAGAACAAAACAAAGUUCACACAAAUUAAGUUCAACCCGUUGGUGUUUGUUUUAUGGUUUCAUUGCUUUUGCUGAACAACAAUUUAUUUACUAGUUUGACUUUAGACAAGACUGGAUGAAUUAUUUAUUCAUUUCUGUUGACUUGUGUCCUACAAAGUUUUGCCAGUUUCCAGAAAUCUGACAAUAAAACGCAGUCCAAUCAAAGUAAAAUAUACAAACAUUUUAGGAGAUGGUAAUGUACUUUAUUUAUACAAAACCAUAUAACAUUAUUUUACACAUCAAAAUAUAUUAAUUUCAUAAUGAACUGCUAUGUAUGCUGACUUAUGAACCAAUAUAAUGGGCAAAUGUACCAUAUAUUUAAACCCCAUCAGUUCAGGUGAGGAAUGGUGUCACAGGUGGCUUGCCUUGUGGCUGCAGGAGACUAGCAAAUUAUAAAAAAUUGAUAACGAUGAAAAUAUGUUGAUUUUGAAAACAUACAAUUAUUUUUAGAAUUCAUAAAGACAAAUUUGUAAUUGAAAUGUGGUAUUUACCCAACAGUGUGAAUCUCUUGUUUACUGUAACAUCUCUUGAUCCCUUUUCUUUCUUUUCUUUUGCUCUUAGUCUUUCAUGUGAAAAUUCUGGUGAGGAACCAGCAGAUAUUGCCACAGAAGUUCAAGAUGAAAUAGGCGGAGGAGAGACUAAAAACACCUUCGUGAAGAGACUGCGAUGCAGUUGGCAAGCUAUUUUGAUUGGGAUUUUGAUGGUGCUUUUUUGUGGUGUGCCCGGCGUCCUCUUUAGUCAGAUGAAUAAACAGCAACGUCUGACAGCAGAAUUACAGCAUAUGGCAGAGGAGAUAUUCACUGCGAGGAAUAACACCAAGCACUUGCAAAUAGAAAACAGUCAGCUUAAGCAACUUCUGAACUCCACUCAUCAAAACUUCACCCUUUGUGGAAGUGACUGUGGCCAACUGAAGCUGCUCAUGAAUGCAACACUGUACAACGUCACCUUGUCUGCUGAAAACACACAGCUGAGCCUGCUCUUGAAGAACACAAUGAAAGAAAACACACAGUUGAGCUUGCUCUUGAAGAAUAUGUUGCAAGAAAAAACACAGUUGAGCUUGCUAUUGAACAACACAUUACAGGAAAAAUCACAGCUGAUCUUGCUCUUGAAGAACAUAUUACAAGAACAAAAACAACAGAACGUGCUAUUGAAAAACACGUUGCAAGAACAAACACAGCUGAUCCUGUUCUUGAAUAACACGUUGCAAGAACAAUCACAGUUGAGCUUGCUCUUGAAGAACAAGUCGCAAGAAAAAACACAGCUGAGCUUGCUCUUGAACAACACGUUGCAGGAAAAUACACAGCUGAGCUUGGUCUUGAACGACACGUCGCAAGAAAAAACACAACUGAGUCUACUCUUGAACAACACGUUGCAAGAAUAG